AUGUAUCGAACUGCGAGGAUAUUGCCGGCGCUGCGCCGAUUGCCCACGAGGCAGACGAGAUGCUUCGGAUUCUCUGAAUCGUCUAGGGCGGCACCAACUAUGGAUUAUCUGCCGAUGCCGUACAUUGAAGAGACGUCUGCCGCGGGUCGAAAGACAUGGGACAUUUUCUCCAAGCUACUUCAGGAGCGCAUUGUCUGCCUCAAUGGCGAAGUCAACGACUACAUGUCCGCCUCGAUUGUGGCCCAACUUCUCUGGCUGGAAUCCGACACCCCCGAAAAGCCCAUCACAAUGUACAUCAACUCGCCUGGAGGUUCCGUGACGUCAGUGUGCGUGGGCGGCGCGGCGUCCAUGGCGGCCAUCCUGCUCGCGGGCGGCGAGGCUGGCAAGCGGUUCGCGCUGCCGCACAGCUCCAUCAUGAUUCACCAGCCGCUCGGCGGGACGCGCGGGCAGGCGUCGGACAUUAUGAUCUACGCCAACCAGAUCCAGAAGAUUCGCGAGCAGUCCAACAAGAUUAUGCGGCACCACCUGAACAAGGCCAAGGGCCACGAGAGAUAUACCCUCGAGGAGGUCAACGAGAUGAUGGAGCGAGACAAGUACUUGAGUGCUGAUGAGGCGCUUGAGCUGGGCGUCAUUGACGAGAUUCUGACGAAGCGAACAGAUGCGGACGUCAAGGAUGAGGACAAGGCUCAAUCGUCAGGCACUCAGUCGUGA